GCGCACUCAGAUUGUUCUAGAGUGAUCCACGUACAGGGCCAUCUUUGGUCGUCCUCGCCGGUGACAGUGUGGACAGUUUAUUCCAUUGGUCAUUAAAAACCUGGCGAUUCAUAAAUAAUACUUAACUUUGAACGAGCUCUUUUUGAAGCACUCGGGCAGAGAAAGGCGAGCCGGAUCCCCGCUUAUUUGUGGACCCACUUUUGCAUUAUUUCCUUCAGUACCCUUCAUUUCUUGAGGCGAAAAGAGGGCGAGACGGGAGAGGCGGUGAUACAACAUGGAUGAGGAAUAUGAUGUGAUCGUUUUGGGCACCGGACUCACAGAAUGCAUUCUGUCUGGGAUCAUGUCUGUGAAUGGGAAAAAGGUUCUGCACAUGGACAGGAACCCUUACUAUGGUGGCGAGAGCUCCUCCAUCACCCCUCUGGAGGAGCUGUACAAGCGCUUCAGUCUUCCAGAUAGCCCACCUGAGUCGAUGGGCCGAGGAAGAGACUGGAACGUGGAUCUCAUCCCCAAGUUUCUCAUGGCCAACGGUCAGCUUGUGAAGAUGCUGCUAUACACAGAGGUGACACGGUACCUGGACUUUAAAGUGGUGGAGGGAAGCUUCGUUUACAAAGGAGGAAAAAUCUACAAGGUGCCAUCGACCGAGACCGAGGCACUAGCUUCAAAUCUGAUGGGAAUGUUUGAGAAGAGGAGGUUUAGGAAGUUCUUAGUCUUUGUGGCCAACUUCGACGAGAAUGACCCCAAGACCUUCGAGGGCGUGGACCCCAAAACAACAACGAUGAGGGAUGUUUACAAGAAGUUUGACCUCGGCCAGGAUGUCAUCGACUUCACCGGCCACGCCCUGGCCCUCUACAGGACAGACGACUACCUUGAUGUCCCCUGUUUGGAGACGAUCAAUCGCAUCAAGCUGUACAGUGAAUCGCUGGCACGAUAUGGGAAGAGCCCCUACCUGUACCCCCUGUACGGUCUGGGGGAGCUGCCCCAGGGAUUUGCCAGAUUGAGUGCAAUCUACGGAGGCACCUACAUGCUGAACAAACCCGUGGAUGAGAUUGUGAUGGAAGGAGGUCAUGUAGUUGGAGUGAAGUCUGAGGGCGAGGUUGCUCGCUGUAAGCAGCUGAUCUGUGACCCCAGCUACAUCCCCGACCGCGUCCGCAAGGCGGGUCAGGUAAUCCGUGUGAUCUGCGUCCUGAGCCACCCCAUCAAAAACACCAAUGACGCAAACUCCUGCCAGAUCAUCAUUCCUCAGAACCAGGUUAACCGCAACUCAGACAUCUAUGUGUGCAUGAUCUCCUAUGCACACAAUGUGGCCGCCCAGGGGAAGUACAUCGCCAUUGUCAGCACCACAGUGGAGACCAGCGAGCCCGAGGCUGAGAUCGAGCCGGCCCUUGAGCUGCUGGAGCCCAUCGACCAAAAGUUUGUGGCUAUUAGCGACCUUUAUGAGCCCACGGAUGAUGGCACUGAGAGCCAGGUCUUCGCCUCAAGCUCCUAUGAUGCCACCACCCACUUUGAGACGACCUGCAACGACAUCAAGGACAUCUACAAACGUAUGACCGGGAGCGACUUUGACUUUGAGAACAUGAAACGCAAACAGAACGACGUGUUUGGGGAGGACGAGCAGUGAGCAGGUUGUUAAAAAAAAAAAAAAGGGGUUUCCUGAGAGAAGGGCGGGGGCCGGGGAGAGGAGGCGGGGCUUAAAAGGGGUUAAAAAAAAAAGAAGAGAUGGCAGAGCCCGUGUUAGAAAGCCGGGGCUGUCUGAGCAGCUCUUUCAAACAAAAACAAAAAAAACAACGGGUUGGGCGUGGCGUUUGUGUCGGAGAGGGUUUGUGUCCUGGGCUCUGCCUCCUUUCUCCUUACGUCCCUCUCUCUCUCGAUUCAAACACAUAAAAGCUCACAAACACACACAUAACACUCUGUUCAAAUACUCACACUCCUUAUCUCUGUCACCGAAAAGCAGGGUUGAUACGGUCUUUCAUUCCAUCGUAGAAUUUUACAGUAUAAUCAUGUCUUAACUGUUCUCAUUAGAGGUGAAUUUAUUACUUGUUGUCGGCGGCGAUUUCCUCGAAAAACAUUCUUCAUUCUUUCUGUAACGUCUCUCUCCUCAUAUCAGAGGUCGGCCGGAUGAAAUGAAAGAUUGAUUGGCGUCGAGAGGGUUUGAAGUGCGAGCUCUGACAUGAGAGAUAUCUGUAAUGGCUUUAGUGUAGAAUCCUCUGGAAGGGUCACCUCCAGUGUACAUGCAUGCCUCUUUUACACACAGUAGUAUUUGUACAUAGACUCUUAACGACACUGCGGUAUGAAGGCUGGACCAUUCCACGCAUCGCUCCUGUCAACCCUGCUUUCACUUUUCUCUUACUUGGUCUUUUACAUGUGUUACUUCAACAAAAAAAGAAAAAAAAAAAGAAAAAAGACAUCGCUCCUUUUGGCAAAAAUCUGUUGGUCGGGCAAAUUAAAAAAAAUCAAAAAUGUGAUGAAUAAUUACAUAUAAAUGGGCUGUUCUGUCAACUGAUAGUGCUCACUUUGCAAUGCUGUUGUGUUCCCUGUGCUAGCAGGCAAGCUAACCAGUGGCUAAUAACCGUCACCCAAACCCCCCCCCCCAAAAAAAGCAGUUCCUUUGUUUCUCUCUGUUGUUUUAAUGUCCGUUUUUGAAUUUGAAUAGUUUACGUUCUAACAUUUUAAAUUAUUGAAGAGUUUUAUUUCUAUAUAUUUGGUGCACAUUUCGCUGGCUGAAGUUAUGAAGUUUACAGAGCUGAGGUUGAAACUGUGGUCUUCAAGUUUUAAAAAAAAGAAAAAAGGGAAAGACCGGCGCUAAAAGAGAGCAUGGAGAGGAUGUUGUUGUUUUUUUAAGUCGGAGGCUGAGUAUUCUGGAAGAUUUGGAAGAAGUGAUGAAUUUUAAGAAAACUGUGAUUACGGCGAUUUCCGCUUGUUAAGAUGCGAGGAAGUGUUGCACGAGGAAUCAGGAAUGUAUGCGGGGGGGGGGAAUGUUUUUGGAUUCGGAUGAUCAGAAAGUGAAGAGUGAAGACUGAAAUUUCAGCUGAUAGUGGACGCACCAGAUCGUGUCUUGGUUGUUUCAACCCCCUUUGUGUAUGUCGUUUAGAUAAGUCAUUCCCCUUAGGGACUCUCGCUCCUAUGAGAACUUGUAGAAGUUAAAAAAAAACCUGUAACUUUUGAAAGACUUUGUAGCAUUAGAGGAAGAGAUGAAGCCACAGUUGAAGAAGCCGACCCAUGAGAAUGAACCAAGAUCCUUUUAUUUGGUUUGAGCCUUAAUUUGGGGUCUUAAUCAGAAGUUCAAUUUUGACUGCUUACAGAUAAGGGGCAGGUCAGGUGUGUGCCAAAAAUAGUUACUGUAUGCUGUUAAUGGCAAAAACAAAAAAAGGAGAUGUGUGCUGGGCUGCAGAUGUGACUGAAUACUUUAGCAGGGAUGUUGUGUCUACCCUCUGAGGCGGCUCCUCACGUCUCUGCACUGCACACUCGCUCCAACAGCCAGAUUGAUCUGUGGCUCGUUUCACAUCAACAACUAACUGAUGAUUAGACGCUCUGAUCGUUUGGAAGCAGAUCCAUUUCACUUUAUCCACAAAGACAAAUCCCUGAAGCGAAGUCAUCCUGUGUGUUAGGGGUGUUUAUGUGUCUUUUAUUGUUAUGUUCUUAUUUAUUUAAAUUUCACUGCCGUGUCGUGGAAAGGUUUAUGUCAAACGCUGAAUAUGCUACGCUUUAUGUUCUGAUGAUAAAACACGUUUAAAAAAAGUGAUGCACACCGGGGUUUAUUUGUUUUUCUUAGUUUUGUUUUUUGCUGUGUCAUCAUUUUGUUCAUCUUCUGUGAUCAUACCGGUGCUGCAUCACCGUUUAAUAUGAUUAUUAGCAUUCCUAAGAAACAGGUUUUGAUGGAAGGAAAGCAGCAUUAGCAGCCAGUCGGACACCGAGCUGAAAAAUCUGAAUCUCGACAGCUGUGUACUCACUCCAGUUUUCACACUGUGCGUCUACAACAUUGUGUGUGUGCUCCUCAUUCUGGAAACGUGAUAUCUGAUCAAAAACUGGAAUACCGUUUACUCUUUGAACAUAGGCCCUCCUCCCCCCUGCCCCUUCUCAGCAUCAGAUACUGUACGCUCUUUUCUUUUUUAUUUAUUGAAAACAAAAGCCUCAUGUGUGGUCGUACUGUUUUAAUUUUCCAUCCAGUUCGGGCCUUUUGGAAACCACUAUUAUUGACAAUAUCCCUUGAAUUUGACAAAAAGAAAUAGGCUGAGUAGUAGAAAACUUACUGUCCUUGUUUGAUCACUAGUAUGUGAACAAUGCCUAAUGUCUUGUGUAACAAAUAAAAUGAAUUAAACUAUGAAUGAAAUGAUAGAAAAAUAAAAAGCACAUGGCAAACCUG